UGGAGCUCGGAGCUGGGCACCCUGCAGGCCAUGCACAAGGCUGGGGCGGGGGGCCGGAGGGCCUCUGACUGUGGGCCUGUCACUCACCGACCCAGGUGCAUCACCAAGUUUGCACAGUACGUGGGCUCCUUCCCUGUGGACGACCUGGACACCCAGGAGAGCGUGUGGGUGGUGCAACAGCAUCUGUGGGCGCUGAAGGACUGUCCCCGACGUCGUGCCGUCAUCCUGAAAUUCAGCCUUCAGGGGCUCAAGAUCUGCAGUGGGGAGGGCGAGGUACUGCUGAUGGCCCACGCCCUGAGGCGCAUACUCUACUCCACCUGGUGCCCCGCCGACUGCCAGUUCGCCUUUGUCGCCCGGAACCCACGGAGCCCAGCCAGCAGGCUCUUCUGCCACCUCUUUGUGGGCAGCCAGCCCGGGGAGGUCCAGAUCCUGCAUCUGCUGCUCUGCCGCUCCUUCCAGCUUGCUUACCUCUUACAGCACCCCGAGGAGAGGGCACAGCCUGACACCUACCCAGGGCCUGCAGGGGACAUGCCUCCGAAGCCACCGUCCAGCCCUGGAGGCCCCCCUGGCCUGGUGCGGGAGCCUUUCGGCCGCGAUCAGCUCUCACAAAACGUCCAUGCACUGGUCUCCUUCCGGCGGCUGCCUGCAGAGGGGCCAGUGGGCAGUGGGAAGGAGCUGCCGGAGUUGGAAAGCCGUGGGGUCUCCCGCCAUGCCCGCCUAGGAAAUCCCUAUUGCUCGCCCACGCUGGUGCGCAAGAAGGCCAUCCGCAGCAAGGUGAUCCGCUCGGGGGCCUACCGAGGCUGCACCUACGAGACCCAGCUGCAGCUGCUCGCCCGGGAGGCCUUUCCUGCCGCAUGGGAGGCAUGGCCCCGGAGUCCUGGUGGCCCCUUGUGCCUGGUAGAGGGCGAGGGCAGCCUGACAGAGAACAUCUGGGCCUUUGCUGGCGUCUCCAGGUCCUGUGCCCUUGCCCUGUUGCGCAGAGACGUCCUUGGGGCCUUCCUGCUAUGGCCUGAACCGGGGGCCAGUGGCCAGUGGUGCCUGUCAGUGCGGACACAGUGUGGCGUGGUGCCCCACCAGGUCUUCCGGAACCACCUGGGCCGCUACUGCCUGGAGCACCUGCCGGCCGAGUUCCCCAGCCUGGAGGCCCUGGUGGAGAGCCACGCUGGGGCUGAGCGCAGCCUCUUCUGCCCGCUGGACAUGGGCCGCCUGAACCCCACCUACGAGGAGCAGGACUGUGGGCCCGAGGGCCGACCCCUCCGAACUCUCCGGCCCCUGGGCCAUGCCAAGUCCGAGGCAGAGCUGCAGGGCCUGGGCUAGGAGGCCAGCCCCGUGCCCCUGCCUGCUGAAACCAACCCAAGGCCUCUGCAGCUACUCUACCCCCUCCCGCCCUUCUGCCUGGUCACUCUGCCCUCAGAUCAUCUCCCAUCGCUUUGCGUCUCAGGGGAGAGCCCUGAGAUUGGAGACGUCAGUGGCUCCUCAGGGGACCUGUGACCUGCUGAGAUUCCAGGGGACAGCUGGCGCUCUAGCUUCCGUAACCUGCUGCGUGACUUUGGAUUCUUCCACCUCACUCGGGGACAGGGCUUCCCCAGUCGGGGAGGCAGAGUGAGCCCUCCUGGGCGGAGAACUGGGAGUGAGCGAGCAGAGGUGACUCAGUGGAGCUUGUGGCGUGGAGCCUGGGGCCAGGCCGACAGCUCACACCGGGCCUGGUUCUCACAUCUCUGAGGGCGGAGUCCUCCCUUGAGUUCUCAGGAAGGGGGUCAGGAAAGUGCAGCAAGGGCAGGGUGGACAAAGAGUUUGUCACCCAAAGCCCAUGCACAGUGACACCUGGGUGCAGCAGGGACGUGUACGACAGCUGGGGCAGAGCGCUCCAGUGUGCUCAGGGAGGCUGGCUCAUCUCCACUGCAAACUGCACGGGUGCCAGGCUUGUCCCCUCCCCUGCACCGCCUUAAAGCACCACGGCAGCCCUGCUCCCAGGCUCAUUUUUGUUUUUCUAGCUAUGUGCCCAGGAGUGGCCAGCAGCAAGCUUUAGUUGGGUGACCAGGGCCCUGCCCGACUCAUCCUACAGUCUGCAGUGGUUUGAUGGCUGCCACGGGAGGUGGCCAAAUGCUGGCAUUUCCCUUAACACGGCACUGACCUUGGCUGUCAGGGGCCACCUCCCACAUCCCCGGGCCAGCCUCGCAGAUGGAACUGAUGUGAGCUCGGCCCUUGGGCGCUGGGCCUCAGCAGCAGUGGGAGAUCCAGGCUGCAGCCCUGCGGUGCUGGACAAGUGCAGGCACCUUCCCCUUUGUAGGGAAGCCCUACAGGCACUUGUGAACCUGCCCAAUAAGUCAUUCUGAGGCCCAGGCCUCCUCCCGAGGCUGGGGCUGCUCUUUCCUCCAGUGGGGUGGGCCCUGCAAUGCCUUAGGGUAGCAGGUUGCUGACUCUGGAGAAGAGAACAGCCCCAGAAAAACAAAGGAGGGAGGUAGCAGAAAGGUAGACUCCUGGAGGUUCCAGCCCCCGACCCCCCAGGACAUGACCUUGGCUAGGCACUUGUCACUUCCUUGCCUGUCCAGUGAGAUGCCCAUUCUCAUGGGCUAGGAGGAAGCUGUCCUUUGAGGCCCAUUUGCAGCCAUCUCUGUUGGAACCCAUCCCCUUCCUGGUGGAGCCCUGGUCUCGGGGAGGAGGGGGGCGGUCUCAGCCUCAUGUUCCCCUGGCCAGGAGCAGGGUUUAGGGACAGCCGAUGCCUGCAGUUUCAGCACCAGGACAUGCAUGUAAGGGGACCUGGUGAUUGGCCUCUGUGAGGGAUGGGUUUGCUGUGUGGGCUGUCAUGCGGACAAGGGGUCAGGAAUGCGCAGCACACCCAAGGACCAGCCUUCCCCAGCACUUGAGCAUUCCCUCAAAAGCGUUCACGGGUCACACAUUACAGAUGGGGCACCGUUUCUGCCCCAUGCAUGCAGACUCUGUCUUACAGACCACGUUGCUCUCUGUUCCAACCAGCACCGCCGGGGCAGCCCAGCCCGCUCUACGUGUGGGCUUGAGCCAAAUCAAGUGCAUUUCUUCAGAUCGUCUAGGACAGACUUCUGUGAAAGGCGAGGGCUUCGCCCAGUCUGUUUUGUCUUUGCCAGACACCUUCUGCUGGUGCUCGAGAAACUCUGGGCACAUGUGCAUGUGUGCCCGAAGUCCUGAAAGGACGGAGAGAUGAGAAGGG